CGUGCUGACUGGAAGUGGCGUACGUGCAGCGCGGAGUUGGAGAGUGGCGGCGCAAGCUCCGCCCCCCUCGGCGCGAGAGAGGAGGGACGGGGUCUCGCGCCGGCCACGGAGGAGGCGGAGGACGUCGACGAAGACGCGGGUUCUCUCUCGCUCGCUCCGGCUUGAGGGGAGGAGAAGCAAGGGAGGGAGGCCUCGGCGGGAGAUGAGGCGCUCCCUUCCCCUCAGCCGGCCAUGAAGCGGUGGCGGAGGCGGCGGCAGAACUACUGAGGGCGGGCGGGCGGACCGGCGGGCGAGGAGGCCUCGCUGACGAAGGGGUGGGAAGAGAGCGGCGGCAGAGCACGACGGCCAUGAUGAAGUGAGCCCGCAGCUGGGCGCUUGGCCUUCCUGAAGAGGAGGAGGCCGCCGCGGAGGAAGCUGAGGCGUGGGACGCGCGCGGCAGCAUGGCCAAUGACAGCGGUGGGAGUGGCAGCAACGGCGGGGCCGGCCAAGGCGGAUGCGGGGAAAGCAGCAACGGCAACAACGGCGGCGGGCCCAACAGCUGCAGCGCCAGCAGCGAGCGGGACCGGCAGUACUGCGAGCUGUGCGGGAAGAUGGAGAACCUGCUGCGGUGCGGGCGGUGCCGCAGCUCCUUCUACUGCAGCAAGGAGCACCAGCGCCAGGACUGGAAGAAGCACAAGCUCAUCUGCCGGGGAGGGGACCCGCAGCACGGGCACAACAGCCACAGCCGCCCCCACGCCGCCGGGGAAAAGGAAGGAGCGGGAGCAGCGGCGGGCAAGAAGGGAGCCAAGCCCCUUCCUCCUCCCACUCCCCCUCCUCUUCCCCCGGUGGCGACCAAUAACCACGUUGCCAAAGCGGCGCCGGAGGCCCAGGAGGAGGAGGACGACGACAAGGAUAAGGAGGAAGCGGCUGCGGCGGCCCCGCCAACCCGGGAGGCGGGAGGCCUCAUCUACCGGGACAAGUCCAACUUGACCGGCGAGGCGUCGCUCCGGCGCAACGGGCAGAUGAAGUCGCAGGUGCCUCAGCGGCUGGCGCUGGAGUACAUCGUGCCCUGCAUGAACAAGCACGGCAUCUGCGUGGUGGAUGAGUUCCUGGGACCGGAGCUGGGCGGGCGCAUCGAGCAGGAGGUGCGCGCCUUGCACCACACGGGACGCUUCACCGACGGGCAGCUGGUCAGCCAGAAGAGCGACUCCUCCCGGGACAUCCGCGGAGACAAGAUCACCUGGGUGGAAGGCAAGGAGCCCGGCUGCAAGGCCAUCGGGAAGCUCAUGAACAGCAUGGACGAUCUCAUCCGCCACUGCAAUGGCAAGCUGGGCAACUACAAGAUCAACGGCAGGACGAAAGCAAUGGUGGCUUGUUAUCCAGGCAAUGGGACAGGAUAUGUGCGUCAUGUUGAUAACCCAAAUGGAGAUGGAAGAUGUGUCACAUGUAUAUAUUACCUUAAUAAGGAUUGGGAUGCCAAGACAAGUGGAGGUAUUCUUCGAAUAUUCCCAGAAGGCAAAGCCCAGUUUGCUGACAUUGAACCUAAAUUUGAUAGACUGCUGUUUUUCUGGUCUGACCGCCGCAACCCUCAUGAAGUGCAGCCUGCAUUUGCUACAAGGUACGCAAUAACAGUGUGGUAUUUUGAUGCAGAUGAACGAGCCCGCGCUAAAGUAAAAUACUUAACAGUUAAGGUGGUACUGACUGUUUUAGAAGAUACCACAUUUCAUCCUUGGGCAUCUAAAAUGGCUUUACAUUCUUGAAGGUGAAAAGGGUGUGAGGGUUGAACUCAACAAACCUUCUGAUUCAAAUGGGAAAGACCUUUUAUAAAGCCUUCGAUCUAGCAAUUCCUUGGCUCUUCUCCUCCUGCCCCCAAACAGUCCUUGGCGCUGUCUGUAACUUUUGAAUGUGAAUAUUAAGAUAAAGGAAAAUCAACGCCAAAUCAACACUUGGAAUAAACCAAUCAAUAAAUAAUAAGUUUCAGUGUUGCAUCAAAUGGAUUUUGUAACUGCUGAAGCGUUGUACUACAUGAUUGUGACUCCAGUCCUGUGACUGCUUAUUUGAAGAUAAGCAUUGAGAAGAAACAGCUUACACAUGAAGUGCCCUACAUAGUUUUCUAUGUUGAUAUUUUGCCAUUCAGUCAUCCGGCUCAAUGAUGUUCAUCUCCCUCUUUUUUUUUUUUUUUAAGAAAAGUGGUAACAUUUGAAUUUUUUUUUGUAUAAACCAAGUUCAACUGAUCAAAAUUAAGCAAAACAAAUAUUAUUCUUCAGAAUACCAUUUAUCUAUUUUUGUAAAUUUGCUGUUCACACUGUUAUCUUACCAUGUAAAACCUAAUUUAAAUAAGAGUUGCCAGUAACUGAUGAUCACUUUGUCUUUUCACUUAAAAUCCCAAAAGGAGCACUUUAAUUACCAUCUGAACCCAACUGUUUUUAUUUUCAUAUCUUACACUAAUUUGAACAUUUUUUUAAAAGAUUGCUGCUGUAUUGUGUUCUUUGAAACUUUUAAAAAACUGAAACAGAUGCCUAUCUUGCUGUCAAUUACUUUGUUAAAUUUGUGGUUUUAUAUGUUGAAUGCAGAAAGCAAACAUUCUGUAUACUGUCUCAUUUGGGUUUUCUAAGUGACUGGCUUGCACUAAGUGAACUUGACGCUAUCUGUACUGUCCUUGGUGUUGGAAACUGUGGGCACAAUCCAUUGGGAACUUCAUCUAUGAAAGCCACUUGAUAGAAGUAAAAAGUCAUUCAAAAACACAGCUGUGCUUUUUUGCAGCUUCUGCUUUUAAUAGGGCUUGUGCAGAUGGAUUAUCAAGUGGACUAUGCCCAUAAGUACCAUCAAACCCCUCUAACAAAUACAAGGGCUUUUCUAGGCUUUUAGAUGUACCAAUAAAUACCCUUUCUACUACCUUGAUGGGAGACCUCUGUUUUGACUCUUCAAAAAAAAAAAAAAAAAGCUUAUUACCUGCCACUGUAGGGCAAUGCAAUUUAAAAUCAGAGAUGACGUUUCUCUCAAAGCAGUAGUAUUCCUUCUCAUUUACAGUUGAGUCACUUGAUCUUACAUAGUGUCAAGGCUGUAUUCAGUGCAUUAAUACUGAAGUGCAUCACUACGGCCUUAAUAAUGUAAAGGUUGUCAUACUGCUGAGAAAGUUUUAACGUUUGCUUCUGAUCAAUAUGGAGAUGUUUUUGACACAGGAAAAUAAUUAUUUGCUUUAAGAUGGUGAAGCAAUAAUGUUCCCUCAACAAGAUUUUUUGAAAUGUUUGUUUGGGAAGGGAUGGCUAUGUGCUCAAGAAUAACCCCUGAAGGAAAGUUUUUAUUCUACAAGCCUUAGAAACAUGAGCCUCCCUACACAAUAUUUCAUCAUCUGCCCCUUGAUUCCCUCAACUAAAUCAGAACAAUGUGAGUGUACAGAAAUAUUUCUGUAUGUACGACUUGGACCAUUUUAGCAUCUGUAUAGUGUGUAUUCUUAUUAGAGACCUUUUCUAUGGAAAGUUCAGUAAUUUUUAUUAAAAAAAACCCUUACUAUUCAUGUAAAACAUGAAAAAGGAGUGUAUUUAAUGACAACUGACGAAGAGGGAAAUUCAGUAUUGUGAUAGCAUAAUUGGGGAACUUGUGACAAGAGUUCUGGGGUUUUUUGUCCCUUCCCUCUCCCCUAUAAAAACAAGCUGUCAAAACUUUUUAACAGUUUUUCUCUUCAUCCUGGUAAAUCAGAAGAAAACAUCUCUAUUGUAAGUGCCUCUACAAGCCUGACCAAGGAGUGUAAAUCUUCUUUUCUGUCUGGUCUGCAGUGCAAUGCACUGUUUUAGGCCUAAAGAACACCAUUUCUGACUCUUAACUGCUUUUGUAUUUUGUUUAAUAUGUUAGAAAUGCACAACAUACGCCUUUACAUUUUUGUUUGUCCCUCUGUUCAAAGUAUUGAUGUCUUACAUUUGUGCUUGCUGGGGAGAUUUAAACAUGGUUAAAUCUCUCAGUUUGUUAUUUACAAAAGAUUGCCGAACUGGGUCUUAUAACAACUGUUUAGAAAACCAUUCAUGUCAGUUUAGUCUCCAGUCUUGGGCAUCACCAAGCAUUAACCUACCAGUUGCAGACUGUUUUUAAACUGUCUUAUGGCCUGUAUGUGUGUUUAGUCCUGGUUAAAGAUAAAGCUUCAUAAUAUCUUUAUUUCAUGACAUUAGCCAGCUGUAAAACACAAGACUUUUAUCUAGCAGGCAAAGAAAUUCAGGAUUCAUUUGCAGAUUUCCUAUGAAGUCAUGUAACUUUUGAAAAACAGUGUUCAUUACUGAAAGAGCUCUCAAGUUGCUUGUAAAGCUAAUCUAAUUAAAAGAUGUAUAAAGGUUCUUGAAACAA